UUUCAGAGAAUCUUUCCAUAAGGACUAAACAAAUGCCAUACACGUCACCCAUCUUGACAACAACUGGAUAACAAGUAUAUUUUCAAUUAUCUAAGACAAUCCUGCUUUGCUUGCUGAUUUUCAAACCCUUGGGUGUUUUUGUUAGAUCGUUGUUGGGAAACGUGUUCUAUUAGUGGAUGUACGCAUGCGCAAACUGUAAGCGUGUUGUUGGUCACUAUGGCGACAAGUCCAUUAAACCUUUUAGAGCGUAGACGGACUGCAGGCGGAUUAUGUGCACAGGUGAUCGUCCACAGGCCGCUACGCAAUAUGUGGGACAGCUAAAUAGAGAAAUACUCACAAAACCACCUGAGAAUAUUCUUAAAAAAAUACUUCACCUGUGCAAGAAUCUACUGCUGAUUAUGACUGAGGUCAUAAGAUCUCAGGAGGAGUAUGAAGAUGACUUUGAAAAGGAUCUGGACUGGCUGAUCAGUGAGGAGAGCCAAAGUGAGGACCAUGGGCCCAACUUCGAGGACAUAGAGGCAGAAAUAGACAAAGAACUGGAGGAGGAUGGGAAACAACAAGGAGGAAGGAGAAAGGAAAGAAGAGGCAAAGCAAUAGAGCGGAUGGAGCGGGAUGAGGAGAGGUGGCCCUCUCCUAUGGAGCCACUGGAGUAUGAUUCAGACCGAGACAGCCCGAGUAAAUAUCUCCCUGUGGUUCCGCCGCCUCCGGAGGUUGAUGAGCAGACCGACGAGGAGAAGAAAUACAUCUUAGAGAAGAUCCAGCAGGCCAACAGGCAGUUGCAGGAGCAGGAAAUCCCAGAUGUGACGAGAAGGAGGCGGCUUCACUUCAAAGAGAAGCUGGUGGACCUGGUGGUGCCUCCUCUCCGGUUUGAGAAAAAUGCCAACGGUGAUGAGGCGGUCAGGGGGAGGGGCAACAAGGACGCAGACGCAGACACCGAGGUGUCGGGGAAGAUGUCUGAGUUAAAACUCUCCCCUCGCAAUGACAACAGGGCUCACCGAGGAUCGAACUGUGAGGGAGGGCAGGGCCCAAAAGAGGGUAAAGUGCUCGUGGAGAAGGACGGAAAGUUCGACCUGGUGAGCGUGAAAGACGUGGAGAGUCACAGUCUUCUUCCUCCCAUAGCGAACAGCUUCAGCAACGGUCCCCACUCCUCACCGUACGCUCACGGUUCUCCCUCCCCCGCCCAGACCCACACGGGCUCUGCCUCCUUUCACCCGGGUGCGGAUCACCUCCGGGCCCCCAGGCCUCCCGCGCAGCCUAAGGUCCGGCCCAGCUCGGCCAGCCAAAGCCAGAGAGCCAACCAGAGGAGGGACAGCCGGCGGCGGGUGCAGUCGGCCUCCGGGUCGCCCUGCCAGGCCACCUACACCCUGUCCCCGCAGCAGAAGGCCCUGCUGCAGAGGCUCCAGGAGAGGAAGGAGAGGCUGACCAGAGAGGCAGAGGAGAGAAAGCGCGAGGAAGAGGAAAUGAAGAGGCAGGAGAACGAGCAGGCUUUCAAAGCCUGGCUGAUGAGGAAAAGGGAGCAGCUUCAGGAAGAGAAAAGGGUCCUCCGAGCCCAGGAGUUAGAGAGGAUGAACGCCAAGAGAGACCCCACCGACCCAGAGGAGGCCUUCCGGCUGUGGCUUCAGAGGAAAGAGGAGCAGCAGCAGAAGGAGAGGCAGCUCGUGGAGAUGAGGAGGCUGGAAGAGGACAGUGGCUACUUUUUACACAGCCGCGAGGAGUGUGAGCAUGCCUUCAAAAUCUGGCUGAAGAGGAAGCGGGCGGAGAAGCGGGCGGAGCAGCAGGUGGCCCGGGAGCAGUCCCGCCGGCUGGUGCUGGAGGAGAGACGGGCGCGCCGCAUGAGGGACCUCAGGUGUAGUGUCAACGAGAGCAAAUCCUUCAGGUUUACCGAGCAACUGGCCUUCCACUUCUGACCCACGCGGAGCGAAAACGUCUCCUUUGAGUUUCAAAGGAAUUAGCUUAAGACUGAUAGUCUACAUCUCCGAUGUGAACUGUACAGUGAUGCGUUGGGAAUGUUUAUCCUGUUUGUUUGUCCCCUACCUCAUGCUGUGCGAAAGCAUAGCUCCAUAAAUAUAAACCAUGACCUCUUCCGAUUGAUUUAUUUAUUGGUAAAGAUUCCUGUGAAUAUUUGCUGUGUUUUUUGGUGAAUGUUUGACAUUAUUACCUCUUUACUGUGUUUACGAAUGGAUUGCGCGGUGUGAGAUGGACCCUAAUUUGCUUCUAAACUGCCGUAUUGUGCAUCUUAGAUGUAAGAACAACCAUUUCUCGCUGUUUGCCUUUUUGUCAGUGUUUGUAUGCUUGUGGGUCAUCUUGAAAGUUAUCAGUUGUCCCGUCCAGUUUUCCACAAUACAUUUUUAAAGCUUAUUUUAAACUGAUUAAUUUCCUUUUCUAUGACCAUUAAACACAUUCCUCUCCUAAACCACAAAAGCAAA